AUGGCAGGAUCUAGAGUUGGUCCAAGCCAGUUUUAUGCAGUCAGGAUAGGUAGAAAACCUGGUAUAUUCUAUAAUUGGGAUGCUUGUGCUUUGCAAGUUAAAGGUUUCCCUGGUGCCAUUUUUAAAAAAUUUAAGACAUUGAAUGAGGCAGAACAAUUUGUAGGGAUUCAUAAGGGAAACGUCAAGUCAAAGUCGAAAGCUACAAUAACUACACAUAAUAGAGUAGAUACAAAUACGACUAAAGUUAGUGAAAUAAAUUCUGAAAUAACUUUACAAAAACCUACUUUGUGUUCGAAACGUCAACAUGAGGAUUCAGAUAACUUCAGCUCUGAUGAAGAUCUACUCAAUGCACUUACAGUGAAGAAAGAUGGAAACAAAAUUAGUAAAUUCUAUGGUGUGAAAAGUGAUAAUCCCCAAGUCAGGAGUAAAAUCUUCAAUGAUUGGAAUCAAUGCAGAAAAUACAUGCGUGGUGCAAAAGGGAUUACAUUCAAAUCAUUUGCAACUUGGGCUGAUGCAAGAAAUUUUAUAUCUAAGAAUUUUGAAAACCCUGUAUUUGAUUACGAAUUACUAGGGGUUAAUGCAGAAGAAUUUGAGAACAAGAUACGAGUCACUUCCCCAGAUUUCAAAUACGGCAAAGAGGUUAUUCAUGUCUACUGUGAUGGCUCAUCUCUCUCUAAUGGCAAGAGUUCUGCAAAGGCAGGUUCUGGUGCAUUUUUUGACCAUCCUGAGCUAUUACAAUACAAUGUGAGUGAACCAUUAGACCGUAGUAAAGCACAAACGAACAACAGAGCUGAAGCUACUGCUAUUUAUAAAGUGUUGGUGACUAUGGAGGAAUUAUUGAUCCAUAAGAAAAUUUGUGCAGAAUUCAAUAUAUUCAGUGAUUCAGAAUAUGCGAUUAAAUUACUUAAUGAUAGAUAUAAAGUAAUGAGUAUUGUUGAACUUAAAAAAAUACCUAAUUAUGAUAUCUUAUGGAAAUUAAUUAAACAAUUCGUUAAAAUUAAACGAUACUAUAUCGUCAAUAAAGAAUUAUACAGUAAUAAAGGUAAAUUUAAAAUCCAAUGGGUUAAAGGACAUUCUGGUGACUACGGUAAUGAAAUGGCAGAUAAACUAGCUAAAGAAGGUGCUAUGAAGGGAUGA